AUCUUAGGAGAAGUCAGAGAGAAGGGCACAGAGAGUAUAUUUAAUUAAAUAAUAGCUGAGAAUUUCUCAAGCAUGAGGAAGAAACUGAAUAUACAAGUCCAUGAAGCCCCACUGGCUGCUGUGAAAAGCCAUCUUUGCAUUGUUCCCGUGUCCGGCUCCGCGCUCGCCGCAGCCACCUCCACCGCGCGCCUCCUGCGCCGCCGCCGCGGACUCCGGCAGCUUUAUCGCCAGAGUCCUCAACUCUCGCUUUCUUUUUAAUCCUCUGCAUGGGAUCACCAGCUUGCCUAUCAUGUCAGACAUGGCCGUGGACACCAGCUCCGAGAUCACCACCAAGGACUUAGAAGAGAAGAAGGAAGUUGUGGAGGAGGCAGAGAACGGGAGAGAGGCACCUGCUAAUGGCAACGCUAAUGAGGAAAACGGGGAGCAGGAGGCUGACAAUGAGGUAGAUGAAGAAGAGGAAGAAGGUGGGGAGGAAGAGGAAGGUGAUGGUGAGGAAGAGGAUAGAGAUGAAGACGAGGCAGCUACGGGCAAACGGGCAGCUGAAGAUGAUGAGGAUGACGAUGUUGAUACCAAGAAGCAGAAGACUGGUAAGGAUGACUAGACAGUAAAAAAAAAAAGUUAAACUUAAAAAAAAGGCCACCGUGACCUAUUCACCCUCUACUUCCCUUCUCAGAAUCUAAACGUGGUCACCUUCGAGUAGAGAGGCCCACAUGCCCGCCUGCCGCGGGCAGCGCCACCUGCAAAUAACACACUCUCCACCACCCAACCAAAACCACAACGUGAAUUUGCAACAGGGGAAGAAAAAAGAGCCCAAAAGUCCAAGGCCUUGUUUUUUUUCUUAAAGUACUUUAAAAAGGAAAAUUUGUUUGUAUUUUUUAUUUACAUUUUGUAUUUUUGUACAUAUUGUUAGGAGUCAGCCAUUUUUUAAUGAUCUCGGAUGACCAAACCAGCCUUCGGAGCAUUCUCUGUCCUGCUUCUGACUUGUGGUAUAACCAUGUUCAUUAUAAUCCCAAAGGAGAAAAAAAAAACCUUGUGCAAAAAAA